ACGCGGCCGCGUGAGGACCAGGCGAUUUGAAAACACGCUGCGGGAGAUAGGAGUCCGAGGCCAGUGGUCCACGCCGCUGCCCUGUGGGCUUCUGCCUGCGCACUCUUCGCCUCGGUCGCCUCGUUCGGGCUCUGCUCGCUGCCGAGCCCUCGGUACUCAAGAAUGACCAAAAAAAGGAAACGCCAAGAUGAUUUUCAAAAAGUAAAACUCAAAGUUGGUAAAAAGAAACCCAGGUUAGAAAAUGCAACUACUACAAACUUUAAAACAAAGACUAUACAUCUGCCUGAGCAACUCAAAGAGGAUGGAACUCUUCCAACAAAUAAUAGGAAACUUAACAUAAAGGAUUUGCUGUCACAGAUGCAUCACUACAAUGCUGGGGUUAAACAAAGUGCUCUUCUUGGACUUAAAGACCUUUUGUCUCAGUACCCAUUUAUAAUUGAUGCACACCUUUCAAACAUAUUAAGUGAAGUGACUGCUGUGUUUACAGAUAAAGAUGCUAAUGUGCGAUUAGCAGCAGUUCAGCUUCUUCAAUUCCUGGCCCCCAAAAUACGAGCUGAACAAAUUUCUCCAUUUUUUCCUUUGGUAAGUGCCCAUCUCUCUAGUGCCAUGACUCACAUUACUGAAGGAAUUCAGGAGGACUCUUUAAAAGUUUUGGACAUUCUGCUGGAACAAUACCCAACUUUAAUUACUGGCCGUAGCAGUAUAUUGCUUAAGAAUUUCGUAGAACUUAUCUCUCAUCAGCAGCUGUCCAAAGGACUGGUAAAUAGAGACAGAUCCCAGUCCUGGAUACUUUCUGUAAAUCCAAAUCGGAGACUCACUUCUCAGCAAUGGAGGCUGAAAGUCUUAGUGAGACUCAGUAAAUUCCUUCAGGCCUUGGCAGAUGGAUCCAGUAGGUUGAGAGAAAGUGAAGGACUUCAGGAACAAAAAGAAAAUCCCCAUGCCACUAGCAACUCCAUUUUUAUCAACUGGAAGGAACAUGCCAACGACCAGCAACACAUCCAGGUUUAUGAAAAUGGGGGUUCACAGCCAAAUGUCAGUUCACAGUUCAGGCUACGGUAUCUGGUUGGAGGAGUAGGUGGUGUGGAUGAAGGCCUGUCAUCUACUGAAAGCCUGAAAGGAUUUAUUGAGAUAAUAAUUCCUUUGCUGAUUGAAUGCUGGAUUGAAGCAGUGCCUCCACAGCCAGCUGCUUCUGUAGGAAGUGGUGUAGAACGAGAGCCUUUGCAAGUUAUGCAGCAAGUCCUUAAUAUUAUUUCCCUUUUGUGGAAACUGUCUAAAGAGCAGGAUGAAACUCAUAAAUUGGAAUCAUGGCUUCGAAAGAACUAUCUUCUCGAUUUUAAACACCAUUUUAUGAGUCAUUUUCCAUAUGCCUUAAAAGAAAUAACCAAGAACAGAAGGAAAGAGACAAAUAAAAGCAUCAAGCAUUGCACGAUUUUCUCCAAUAACGUAGAUCAUCUCUUACUGAAUUUAACACUGUCUGAUAUCAUGGUCUCCUUGGCAAAUGCCUCAACUUUGCAGAAAGAUUCCAGUUGGAUAGAAAUGAUCAGGAAAUUUGUGACAGAGACCCUUGAAGAUGGCUCUAGGCUAAAUAGUAAGCAACUGAACAGAUUGCUUGGAGUAUCGUGGAGGUUAAUGCAGAUACAACCCAACAGAGAGGCUACAGAGACACUCAUUAAGGCAGUAUAUACUUUGUAUCAGCAAAGGGGCCUUCUCCUUCCAGUUCGGACUCUAUUGCUGAAGUUUUUCAGUAAAAUUUAUCAAAAGGAAGAACUGCGAUCUUACAGAUUCAGAUACCGUAGUAAAGUGUUAUCACGCUGGCUGGCUGGUUUGCCGUUGCAACUUGCUCAUCUUGGCUCCCGAAACCCUGAGCUUUCUACACAGCUUAUUGAUAUCAUUCAUACUGCUGCAGCACGAGCCAAUAAGGAAUUACUAAAAAGUUUACAAGCGACUGCUCUCCGAAUCUAUGAUCCACAGGAAGGCACGGUGGUGGUUCUCCCUGCAGAGUCUCAGCAACAUUUGGUUCAGCUUAUAUACUUUCUACCCAGUCUGCCUGCUGAUCUGCUUUCUCGGUUAAGUCGUUGCUGUGUUAUGGGAAGACUCAGUUCAAGCUUGGUUGCUAUGCUUAUUGGGAUACUGCAUAUGAGAUCAUCAUUUUCGGGAUGGAAGUGUGAAGUUAAUGACUGGUUGAUCAGUGAUGUGAACUAUGUCAGCUUCUUGUUUUCCACACUUGCAGGAUUUUCGAAAGAGGAGUUGAGUUGGCUUCAGAGCCUCCGAGGAGUUCCUCAUGUCAUCCAGACCCAGCUCUCCCCCGUGCUUCUCUAUCUUACAGAUUUGGAUCAGUUUUUGCACCAUUGGGAUGUGACAGAGGCAGUUUGUCAUAGUUUAUUGGUUAUCCCUGUCCGAAGUCAGAGCUUUGAAAUCCUGCAAAGUGCCAUCAGUAAGCAUUUGGUUGGCUUGACCGUGAUCCCUGACAGCACGGCCGGCUGUGUUUUCGGGGUUAUCUGUAAGCUCCUGGAUCAUACCUGUGUAGUGAGUGAGACGCUGUUGCCAUUUCUGGCCUCUUGCUGCUACAGUCUUCUUUAUUUUCUGCUCACUCUGGAGAAGGGAGAAGCAGAGCAUCUAAGGAAGAGGGACAAAUUGUGGGGGGCCUGCGUCUCCAUCCUGGCCCUCCUGCCUCGAGUCCUCAGGUUGAUGCUGCAGAGCCUGCGGGUGAACAGGGUGGGGCCCGAGGAGCUGCCCGUGGUGGGGCAGCUCCUCCGCCUGCUGCUGCAGCACGCUCCCCUCCGCUCGCACAUGCUGACCAAUGCCAUCCUGGUGCAACAGAUCAUCAAGAACAUCACGGCCUUGAAGAGUAGCAGCGUGCAGGAGCAAUGGCUCACCGACUUGCAUUAUUGCUUCAAUAUGUACAUCACGGGGCAUAGCCAUGGGCCCAGUGCCAUGAGCGCAGUGUACUGAAGAGCACUGCCGUGUCUCCUGUGGGAAGUUGUUUAUUUACAUCUAUCUUAUUUUGAAGAGAGACUCGUGUAAUAAAUGUUUGUCAUUAAAGCUGAACUUUUAAAAAAGUUGUAUGAAACUUUCUUUGCCCUACAGCAGGAAAAUAAUACUUGCUUACGGUGCAGGCUGCCUUCCUGGCCCCAGACAUGCUCUCCAGGUACACGUGGUGGUGCGUCUGUUAACUACGUUAGCGUGUCCUGUUCGCCAGGAUAGAGCUCAGUUUUGUGGUUCCAGUGAGGCAAACCCCAUUUGGUCUCACAACCCACUCUCAGGCCCCCUGGAAAAAAAAAGGAUUAGGCAGGUGCUGUGCUGCUUCCCCUCCUGUCUCGCUGCCAGCACACGAGUGGGGUGGAUCUCUGUGAGACAGAGGAAGUCCACGGCGUGUCUGUGAGGCUGGGGUGUCGCUGUGCCUCCUGUCAACACUCCUGUCACUGGGCUUUGUUGAAGCCAGGUGUUCUGGGAGAGCCAGAACAUGCAUGGUUUGUAGUGUUUCCAGCUGACGAGAUCGGCAUUCUGAGAUGGCUCACCUCUGCGAAUUCAGAAAAUGCAGGUGGACUGGAGCCUGGGCUUGGUCCGCACCUUACUGCCUGACGGGUCCAGGCACAAAUGCUGCCUGGUCUCUUGAUAGUGUGACAGCUGCUCUUCAGCAGCAGAGACAGGAGGCUGUGCUGAGCCAGCAGCAUGUUCCUGAGGCCUUGUCAUGGUUCUCAAAUUUAAAGCUGGAAUAUGGAGGUACGGUUCUGUCUGAUGAAAGCCCCUUUUAGGUUCAUCACUUGAACAGGAAGCCAAGCCUGCACCAGCCAGCUGACACAUCCUGACCCAGUGACCCUUCAGAACUGUUCAGUGUGACUUAGAUUUGAAUCACUGAUGCUUAUGCCAGGAGUACUGAGGCAGUGAAAGCAGACAGUUUGCACGGGCUUGGGCCCUGCUUGCUGUGCUCACCAGUGCUGUGUGAGGGCCAAGGAACACAACCCAGGCCUGCUUUCUGUCGGUACUGUGUUUGCAUGCAGGCUCA